AUGGCGCCUCUGGUGUACCCUAGCCAUCGGUGCCGGAAGCGAUUCCUGCAGCAUGCCAGGACUCGUUUCAACUCGUUGUUGAGCCGGUUUCAGCAAGCUCUCGAUGAACAGCUUGCCCAUGUAGCUUGCAAGCAGGCUCACCGCGACCUGAGUCAAAGGCUUACUGGUGCACUUGUUGAUGGUGAGACCGUGACUUUCGAGGACGAGGGAGCCUUGAGCGCUUACACGCUCAAAAGGCUGCGGCCCCGAAGCCGGGCACUCUUCGAGGUUCUUCUGGCGGUGGAUUCUGCUGAAGUCUUGUCCAGCCUGCUGCGAAGCUGUCGUGCAGCGACCCAGCAAGGACGCGAGCUUCGCAUUGCGAGCCUCGGUGGUGGACCUGCAUUUGACCUGGUCGCGCUGCUUGCCACAUUGGAGUCGCUGUGUUUUGCCAUUUCUCAGGAGCCGGAUGUAGCAAUGACUGGUGAAGGGUGUGACCCUGGAGACCUUGUCGCCUUGCAGUGCGCGAUCCGCUGCACGGUCUUGGAUUUGUUCCCUUCUUGGAGCUCAGCAGUGGCCGCCGUGGGAGACGUGUCAUCAAAGAUCUGGUCUCGUCAGUCGCCUGAAUUUCUGGAGCUCCUGGCUCCAGUGGAUCUCCGAUCUUCUGAUUGCCAGGAAAUCAUUGAUGCAGUCUGCAAGGCUGACGUUGUGAUUGCAGCAUACGUUCUCCACGAGAAUGAGGCAGCAAUCCUAGGUGAGGAUGGGGUACAAGGAGCCUUCCCGCAGAUCUUUCGGCAUCUUCCACUAGACGUGCCGCUAAUUUUCUUGGACGCCACACAUCGUCUAUGGCCGCAGUUGGUAGCAUCUGCUGAGGCUGUGUCCAGGGACAGCUUGAGGGCCAUUAUUCCCGAAGGCCUAGGCUCCCACAUCCACGCUGCGCUACUGUUGAAAGGCACUCGGAUGCCAACAACAUCAACAACCGAUUGCAGACGGCAGCUCGACGCUUUUACUGCCCACCAGCAAGCCAAUCAGGCGCGCCUCAAGAAGCUGCAGGGCAGGAAGUCUGCCUCAGUCUUGGACAUUGACGGAUCUUGA